AUGUCGAGGCGCAAGCAGGCCAAGCCCCAGCACCUCAACUCCGAGGAGCCGCACCCCAAGCGCGGGGCGCUGGCGGGGGAGCCGGGUGACAGCCUCGAGAACGAGGCUCCAAAGCCGGCCUGUCCUGCCGCAGAAAGCAGUGAUGCCCAGCAGACGCCUGUCACCUCUGUCCCCUCAGAGGCAAAGGAGCAAACGGCCACUCUCGGCGAGAGGACGUUCAACUGCUGCUAUCCAGGCUGUCACUUCAAAACUGUUCACGGCAUGAAAGACUUGGACCGCCACCUCAGAAUCCACACCGGGGACAAGCCACACAAGUGUGAGUUCUGCAACAAGUGCUUCAGCCGGAAGGACAACCUGGCCAUGCACAUGCGAUGCCACACCAGCGUGAAGCCCCACAAGUGUCACCUCUGUGACUAUGCUGCUGUGGACAGCAGCAGCCUCAAGAAGCACUUGCGGAUCCAUUCAGACGAGCGGCCGUACAAGUGCCAGCUCUGUCCCUACGCCAGCCGUAACUCCAGCCAGCUCACCGUCCACCUCCGCUCCCACACGGGGGACACCCCCUUCCAGUGCUGGCUCUGUAGCGCCAAGUUCAAAAUCAGCUCGGACUUGAAAAGGCACAUGAUCGUACACUCGGGGGAGAAGCCCUUCAAGUGCGAGUUUUGCGACGUCCGCUGCACCAUGAAGGCCAACCUCAAGUCGCACAUCCGCAUCAAGCACACCUUCAAGUGUCUGCACUGCGCCUUCCAGGGCCGGGACCGCGCUGACCUGCUGGAGCACAGCCGGGCGCACCAGGCCGACCACGCCGAGAAAUGCCCCGAAUGCAGCUACUCCUGCGCCAGCGCCGCCGCCCUGCGCGUCCACAGCCGGGUGCACAGCAAGGACCGGCCCUUCAAGUGCCACUUCUGCAGCUUCGACACCAAGCGGCCCAGCAGCCUGGCCAAGCACUUGGACAAGGUGCACCGGGACGAGGCGCGCACGGAGAACUGUGCCCCAGCCAGCCACACUGGGCCGGGGGAUGCCAGCGCCACCCACGUGGCCAAGAUAGUGACUCAGAGGGCCUUCCGCUGUGACACGUGUGGCGCCGCCUUCGUCAGGGGCGACUCUCUGAGGUGCCACAAGAAGCAGCACAGUGACCAGAUUGAGAGUAAGAACUUGGACUUGGUCACCUUCCCACCCGAGAGCAGCGUCCCUGGCCAGCCUGGCACCCUAGUCUCCACUGGGCAGCUUGAGAUGCCCCCGGAGUCCAACCACAGCCUCUAG